AAUUACCAACACGUGUCCGCUUGGCACUUUCAAUCGUGGACAACUCAACGUGCAACUUCGCCAAAGUUGUUUCCUCGACGUGUCAUUCAUGGACAAAACCCAGCGCCACUCCGUUACUUGUACCAUUAACCCCCAAAACCUAUUUAGACUCUACAACCUGAAACUAUAAUAUUUGACUAAUCCAUUCAAAGACAAAACACACGCAGGUCUAGUCCAACACACUAUGGCCCGGUCCGUUGAACCACUGGUUGUCGGCAGAGUGAUCGGAGAUGUGCUCGACAUGUUCACUCCGGCAUCGGAGUUCAUUGUACGGUAUGGCACCAAGCAGGUCACCAAUGGCUGUGACAUCAAGCCAUCUGCUGCUGCUGAUAAACCUCAUGUCCAAAUUCUCGGCCAUCCCUUCUCUUCCAAUUUAUACACUCUCGUUAUGGUUGAUCCAGAUGCCCCAAGUCCUAGUGAACCAAGAUUGAGGGAGUGGCUCCAUUGGAUCGUUGUAGAUGUUCCAGAGGGACAAGAUGCUACCAAAGGAAGAGAGUUGGUAGCUUACAUGGGACCCCAGCCUCCUACAGGGAUUCACCGUUAUAUUUUGGCACUCUUUAAGCAGGAAGGAGCAAUGGAAGGAAGGAUUCAAGUGGCGGAUGCGCGUGCCAACUUCAGUACUCGCCGAUUCGCUGCUCAAAGCAGGCUGGGGCUUCCGGUUGCUGCAGUGUAUUUCAAUUCUCAAAAGGAGCCAGCAGCUAAGAAACGUUAGCUCAUAGCUUACAGUGCAUUAUUUGGUAGGUUCUGUAAUACAUUUUUUUUUGUAAGGGUACAGAAUUGAUGGAUGUUUGUUGUGUGUAUGUGUGUGCAUGUAAUUUUCAGCCAUUGUUUGAAUUUGAUUGUAAGUGAGAAUCAUAAUAUAGUGAAUUUUGUGUUGCUUGUA